AUGCCAUUUUCGCUGGCUCUUUGGUGGCGCCUCCCCUGCAUUUCCAUAUUCCUCCUCCGUCCUCCGUCGUCUUCCGUCAACGUAACCUCUCUCAUCCGCCGCCAUUUUUCUCCGAUGGGUGACUCUACUCAGACAAAGCCCAAUCCCAACUCCGGCCCACCAGCUUACUCCAAAGACGAAUCUUAUCUGCAGGACGUCAUCCCCAAACGAAUCUCCCUCUUUGAGUCCAUCCAAAACCAGCAGAAACUCCAGCGUCUAUCCCUUUCUUCCGACCCCAUCCAAAUUACGUUGCCGGAUGGGAAGGUGAAGGAGGGUAAGAAAUGGAACACUACACCAUUCGACGUGGCUAGGGAGAUUUCCAAGAGCUUGGCCUCAAAUGCCUUGAUUGCUAAGGUCAACGGGGUUUUGUGGGACAUGAAUAGGCCCUUAGAGGGUGAUUGUAAGCUCGAGCUAUUUAAUUUUGAGACGGAUGAGGGACGUGAUACUUUUUGGCACUCAAGUGCCCACAUUCUUGGUCAGUCUUUGGAGCAGACUUAUGGCUGCAAAUUAUGUAUUGGGCCAUGUACUACCCGAGGGGAGGGAUUCUAUUAUGAUGCGUUUUAUGGAGAUCUGGGAUUGAAUGAGGACCAUUUUAAGCAGAUUGAAGCAGCAGCAAAAAAAGCAGUUGAUGAAAAACAACCUUUUGAGCGCAUUGAAGUUACAAGGGAGCAAGCUCUUGAGAUAUUUUCUGAUAAUCAAUUCAAGGUUGAAAUUAUCAAGGAUUUACCUGAGGAUAAAACUAUAACGGUAUAUAGAUGUGGUCCUUUGGUUGAUUUGUGUCGUGGACCACACAUACCAAAUACAUCUUUUGCAAAAGCAUUUAGUUGUUUGAAGGCUUCUUCAGCCUAUUGGCGUGGAAAUAAAGACCGUGAAAGCUUGCAAAGAGUUUAUGGCAUAUCUUAUCCAGAUCAGAAACGACUGAAGGAAUACAAGGCCAUGCUGGAAGAAGCAAAGAAAUAUGACCACAGAGAACUGACUAAGAAGCAGGAGCUUUUCUUUUUUCACCCACUUAGCCCAGGAAGUUGCUUCUUCCUUCCUCAUGGUGCUCGGGUUUGCAACAAGUUGUUGGAAUUUAUGCGAAGUCAGUACUGGAAGAGAGGUUAUGAAGAGGUCUGGUCUCCAAAUAUGUACAAUAUGCAACUGUGGGAAACAUCUGGUCAUGCUGCAAACUACAAGGAAAAUAUGUUUGUCUUUGAGGUAGAGAAACAAGAGUUUGGACUUAAGCCAAUGAAUUGUCCUGGCCACUGUUUAAUAUUUGAUCAUAGAGUUCGUUCAUAUCGAGAACUUCCACUUCGCCUAGCUGAUUUUGGGGUUUUGCAUCGGAAUGAGGCCAGUGGUGCACUUACUGGAUUGACUCGUGUCAGGAGAUUUCAGCAGGAUGAUGCUCAUAUCUUCUGCAGGGAAUCCCAGAUAAAAGAUGAAGUCAAGGCUGCUCUAUCAUUUAUCAGCUAUACGUACAAAAUAUUUGGCUUCACUUUUGACCUCAAAUUAUCAACGAGACCAGAAAAAUAUCUUGGAGACCUAGAAACAUGGGAAAAGGCUGAAGCCGCUCUUGCAGAAGCAUUAAAUGAUUUUGGAAAAUCCUGGGAGAUAAAUGAAGGUGAUGGGGCAUUUUAUGGGCCAAAGAUUGAUAUCAGUGUUUCUGAUGCAAUGAGAAGGAAAUUUCAGUGUGCAACAUUGCAGCUGGACUUCCAACUCCCGGCUCGUUUUAACUUGUCUUACUCAGCAGAAGAUGAAACAAAGAGGGAGAGACCUGUUAUGAUACACCGAGCCAUUCUUGGUUCUGUUGAACGAAUGUUUGCAAUACUCCUGGAGCAUUACAAGGGGAAAUGGCCAUUUUGGCUUAGCCCUCGUCAAGCAAUUGUUUGUCCUGUCUCUGACAAAUCCCUAACAUAUGCGUUGCAGGUACGAGACCACAUACAUGAAGCUGGUUUCUAUGUUGAUGUUGAUACCACGGACAGAACAAUCAAUAAAAAGGUACGGGAAGCUCAAUUGGCACAGUACAAUUAUAUAUUGGUUGUUGGAGAGAAAGAAGUUGCAACUGGACAGGUUGCUGUACGAGUGAGAGACAAUAAUGAUUCUAUCGUGAAGAGUGUUGAGGAACUGUUAAAAGACUUCAAGGAUGCAGUGGAAGCGUUCCGGUAG